AUGGCAAACCCAAACUCAACCACAGACCUGCCUUCCAGCUUCCACUUCCACUUCUCAGCGGUCCCCGGCAUAUUCCUCCAGGGCGACCCCACCACCGACUCCGACACAUUCGACUAUGUAUCCUCCAACUUCGGCCUCAUUGACCGCUCUUACCCCUCCGACCCCGUAAAUGAAUCCGAAAGCGAAACAACUUCAAAAACAAAAACACAAUGGCAGCGUCUGGAAUCAUACAUCGCUCAGCUAAACCGUGCUUCGCCGGGUGAGUUAACAUACAAACUCCUCAUCCUGGGCCGCCACGGGCAGGGCGUACAUAAUGUCGCGGAGUCGCGAUACGGUACUGCGAUGUGGGAUUGCCGCUACUCCCUCCUAAACGGCGACGAACACGGCAGCUGGUUCGACGCCCAACUCACAGAACUCGGAAUCGAACAAGCGCGCAUAGCAAACGGGGCAUGGAAGACACAGAUCGCGCAGGGGUUUCCACCACCGCAGUCUUACUACGUGAGUCCGCUGAUGCGGUGUUGCGAGACCGCGAAGGUUACAUUCGAUGGAACCAAGCUACCUGGAACGGAGCCCUUUCGGCCUCUUGUUAAGGAGCUCCUCCGCGAAACUCUCGGGCUACACACCUGCGACGCACGCUCACCCAAGUCCGCCAUUCAGGCUGCUUACCCAUCUUAUAUAUUCGAGCCGGGGUUCAGUGAGGAAGACCUGUUGCACAAGGCUGAUUUGCGGGAGUGUGAUUCUGCGCGGGACGCGCGGUUUUAUGAGCUGCUGGGCGAUAUCUUCGCGCACGAUGGGAAUAGCGUGUUAUCGCUGACGGCGCAUUCUGGUGCGAUUAUGAGUAUUUUAAGUGUUGUCGGGCAUAGGAAAUUUACGUUGGAGACCGGUGGUGUGAUUCCUGUGCUUAUCAAGGCAGAAAGAAGGAGUGGUGAAGCGCCAGCGAGGGUGAUUGAGCCCUGGUUUCCGAGGCCAAAGUGUCCGGGCGAGGCAUGUUAG